ACUGAACGGUACAAAUCCUGUAGAAAAUAUUCCGUCAGAGAUUCAAAUACUUGCAUCUCCGAGGAAUAUCUCAGUAGUGCAACAUUUUGUUGAUCAAAAUGUGGUGCAAGAUGUUGGAGAGCUCGAUAAGGAAAUGUUUUUGCAAGCUCUCCGAGACUAUAGUUGCUUGUGGGAUACAAGCAAUAUAAACUACAAAAAUAGGACCAUGAAACUUAAUGCAUGGAAAUCUUUGUCUCGAAUGUUCCAGCGAGAAGGAGACGAGCAUUGUCUAAAUCUGGGGCAGCUGCUUCGACACUUCCAACAUGCAAAUAUUUUGAGGUUAUGAGAUUUCUUCAUGAGAAAACAAGCAAUUUGGAAACUCACAGCAAUGUGGAUCUUGAAAUCCAAACAAUACCAGAGAACAUAUUGGACAUAUCCUCAUCACAAUCUCCAGGACCUAGUCAGCCUUCUUCAAGCUGUUCAAGUGUAUCAGAUGAGGCAAAAUAUGGUAAAAGAAAACGUCCUAAUUCUAACGAUCAACUAGAUCCAUUUCUUGACCAUGUGAAGAGUAUGGACCAGAAAAUGGUAAAUUAUUUAGAAGGAUUGUCAGGUAGAAGAGAAAAUGAAGAUAAGGAUGAAGCAGAGUUAUUUUGUAUGAGUCUUGUUCCAGUUUUAAGAGAUAUGGAAAAAGCAACUCAGACAAGCUAA